AAAUCCCCACGCCAACCCCUGCGACACUUCCAUCAACUCUUCCAUUUGCUUGAAAAGAUGCAUUCUCCUCGAGAGCAAGAGUUGUUUCCACUGAAUCGCCCCAAGCAGGCAGAAACGCUACAGCUAUUCGACGAAGGCCCGUCUUCGAAGAUUCCUUCGCCACAGGAGGUUGCGCAGGUAACACCGAGAUACAAAGGCGUAGUCCUCCAACAAAACGGCCAUUGGGGAGCUCAGAUUUACGUUCCCCAUGGCCGCAUAUGGCUCGGAACCUUCAAAUCCGAAGCGGCUGCAGCCAGAGCUUACGACAGCGCGGCCAUCCGACUCCACCGCGGUGAAUCCGAUCGUAACUUGCCGUUAACAGACAUCACUGUUCAUGAACCCGAUUUUCAGAAACUUUUCAGCACCGAAACCAUUCUCAAUAUGAUCAGAGAUGGCUCCUAUGAAUCCAGACUCAUCGAGUUCAUCCGCACAAACCAUGCCUCCAGCUCCAAUGGAAGCGGGUCGGAUGCACCCACCAUGAUUGAUAACGGUAUUACAUUUACCGAAAUGUUUCAGAAAGAGCUGACUCCAAGUGAUGUUGGGAAGCUGAACAGAUUGGUGAUCCCUAAAAAGCAUGCCACGCGUUACUUUCCCCCUGUUACACCCAACUGCGUGGAAGAACAUUUGCUUGAGUUUCGAGAUCGGAUGAAUCGGUUAUGGGUGUUUCGAUACUGUUACUGGAAGAGCAGUCAGAGUUUUGUAUUUACCAGGGGUUGGAACAGAUUUGUGAAAGAGAUGGAGCUUCGUUCAAAGGACACGGUGGUGUUCUAUUACUGCACUGAAAUGGAAGGGAUGAAUAAAAAAACCUUUUUUAUGAUUGAUGUCCUUCGUGGUGUUGGGAGAAGCGGGAGUGUGGAGGGUGAGAAUCCCAUGGAGGAUGCAGAAGGGAAUGAGAAUUCUAACGAGUAUGAGGAGGAGGAAGUGAAGUCGGGAAGCUUGAUGGAUAAGGAGGAGAGUGAAGGGACGCAGGAGAUGAAGCUUUUUGGAGUGUGGAUCAGGUGAAGGUGAAGUGGAAACAGACUGAAUUUUGAUGAAGAUUCACAUGGCCAACAUAUGUAACAUGAAGUGGUAUAUGCAUGCAGCCCCUCUUGGAUUACUCUUCAAAAAUUUUUUGAUUGUUUUUUCUGAACUUUUGUGUGAGGAGAAAAAUGGGUUUUUUCUCUUGGAAUUACGGCUUCGUUUGAGAAGUCCUUGCACCUCCAUUAUUUUGCAAUGAAUGCUUGCAGGAUAAAGGUUUUCAUUUGCUGAAACAGUUUUCAGUAGAUUUUUUUCGAAUUUAUUUCACAAGAACGAUAGUUUUUUAUCGUUUUAUAUCAUAAGUGACCUUCUUCAGACGAGGCUUGGGCUAUAGCGUACUUAUGAAUGUAUUAAAGUUUUUGGAUGAUUCAU